AAACUGCAAACACAGCUCCCACUUCGAUGUUAUUGUGAGCAGCGGCCAAGAGGUGACGGUCACAGGAAGAACGAAUUCCAGGAAAUAAUUUCCCUACAGAGAGAAGAGCAGAUUUUGUAGAAAAUGGGUGUUAUUUACCAACUAACAUUUCCUUUGUGUGAAAUCCUCCUCAGCUAGAACAGCUACAGAAGUACAAGAAUUGAAUGAAGAACUGAAAUCUUCUGAAAUUGAAAGUGCAGCCCAACAGAAAGCAGAAGCAGAAGCUCUGAGUGCAUCUGUUGGAAUCUGCUGUUGUCACUGGCUUAGAAACCAGUUCACAGCCAGAGGAAAGCCUAAGCCUGAGGACUGGGAUGCUCAGCUGCUCCUCCUGCCUCUCCCAGCUCCGAGGGAUCCCACAGGAACACUGCUGCCCCCUCCCACGGUGAAGAGCUGAAGGACUGCCAAGGACCCUCCCUCGCAGUUUCCACGGCAGGAACACCUGAAUUCCACCACUUCUCUCGGUGCCCCAGGGUAACUUCCCUUGGCCCAGGGAGGGGGGACAUCAGAGAGCAAAUGAAAGCCACAACCCACUUCAGCUCCCCCAGGAACUACAGCAACUGUACCAGCGACAGCAGGAUCAGCCAGGUCAUCUUCCCUUUGCUGUACACAUUUCUAUUCCUGGUGGGCAUCACCAUGAACGGCCUGGCAAUGUGGAUCUUCUUCAAAAUAUCCAGUAAAUCCAAUUUCAUCAUCUUCCUCAAGAACACUGUCAUUUCUGACUUUCUCAUGAUCUUGACUUUUCCAUUCAAAAUCCUCAGUGAUGCAAAGCUGGUGUCGUGGGUCCUGCGAGGGUUCGUGUGCCAGGUCACCCAGGUUGUGUUUUACUUCACCAUGUACAUCAGCAUUUUAUUUCUUGGUCUGAUAACCAUUGAUCGCUAUCAGAAAGCCACUUCACCGUUCAGAACAUCAACUCCACGGAGCCUUUUGGCUGCCAAGAUCCUUUCCACAGCAAUCUGGGUAUCAAUGUUUGCUCUUUCGUUACCCAACAUGAUUUUAACUAACAAGAAGAGAACACCCAAGAACGUGAGGAAGUGUGCUCUCCUCAAAUCUGAGUUUGGCUUAAUCUGGCACGAAAGUGUAAACUACAUUUGCCAGUUUAUCUUCUGGGUUAAUUUAGCAGUCAUAGUGGUCUGUUACAUCCUCAUCAGCAAGGAACUCUACAAAUCCUAUAAAAGGACAAGAUGUACAGGGAAGGCAUCCAAAAAGACUGUCAAUCUGAAGGUUUUCAUCAUCAUCGCUGUGUUCUUUAUUUGUUUUGUGCCAUUCCACUUCACCAGAAUCCCCUACACCUUGAGCCAGACGAGAGACGUGUUUAACUGCUCUGCUCAGAACACCCUGUUCUACCUGAAGGAGACCACGCUGUGGCUGACAUCCCUCAAUGCCUGCCUGGACCCAUUCAUAUACUUUUUCCUUUGCAAGUCCUUCAGGAAGUCCUUGGUGGGCACGCUGCGCAGGCACACGGCGCUGCCGGGGCUCGGGACACGGACCCAGGAGCAGAACGAAGGGGAUGACACGGACGAGACGCCCGUCUAGAGCUCGGGGUCCCCACGCCCCUUCCUGGCCUUCCACCUUAUCGUGGGGGGAAGGAGCACAAAUCCUGUGGAGAGUAUCCAGAGCUUCACUGACCUCUUUAGAAAUUGUCCUGCAGAUGAAGCAUGAGCACGCUGGAACCACCACCACUGGCUGCAGAAACAGAAAGCUUGAAUAACAGAGGAGUCUCCUCAACCUCCAUCCUUGCCAAAAAGGACCUCCUCUGACCCCAGUCACCAUGCCUGUCAGAACUGCAGGGAAGUAGCUUGAACUUAAAGGUAGAACUGUGAGGAAAACUUCACAGAGAAUCAUGAAAUGCUACAGAUGAGAUCACAAUCUGCCAAGAUUUUGCAGAAAUAGAUAAAUUUGGGUCAGAGCAAAGUCCAUGACAACACAAGAUCUGGGAAAUGCAGCUAACAUCCACACUAAAUGUAAUUUUUCAAUACAGGGAGCUGUCACCUGGUACACAACUGGCAGAUAAACAAACCUAGGCCAGAUGUAGAGGAGCCAUUUGUCUGUGUAGAUUUUUGGUAACAGAAUAACACUGUGCUUUUCUCAUUCUGUGCUUGCAAUUCCUAAUCCACUGACCAAUAAUUAAUAGUUGUAAUAGUUGUAUGUCAGAGGAAAUUAUUUCAUAAUCAGGCUUAUCUCAAUAUGACUUAUAUCCUCAAAUUCUUCCCCUUACUACAUAAAUAAACAAAACUGUACACUUUUA